AUGGGUUAUGACCUAGCACUGGGAUCCCAGAGGCUACCUUCUCAGCUCUCUUCCGGCUUCUGUCCCCAGUCUCUCCUCAGGUGUCUUCAGCCCACUCUGCUGCCACUAUUACCAGAGCCCCAGCCAGGGGUUGUCUCCACAGUGUGUGGGAAGCCCAAGGUGAUGGGGAAGAUCUAUGGUGGCCAGGAUGUGGUGGCUGGCCAGUGGCCAUGGCAGGCCAGCCUGCUCUACCGAAACCUGCACAUCUGCGGAGCUGUCCUCAUCGACUCCUUCUGGCUGGUUUCCACUGCCCACUGCUUUCUCAACAAAUCCCAUUUCCCGGAGGACUACCAGAUUCUGUUGGGAACCACCCAGCUGUACCAGCACACCCAGCACACCCAAAAGAUGGCCGUGAACCGGAUUAUUAUGCACCCAGACUUUGAGAAGUUCCACCCCUUUGGAAGCGACAUAGCCAUGUUGCAGCUGCACCUGCCUGUGAACUUCACCUCCUACAUUAGUCCAGCCUGUCUCCCAAACCCUGGAGUGCAGCUGCCCAGUCACUUGUCCUGCUGGAUAACUGGUUGGGGGAUGCUCAGCGAGGACAGUGGGGGUGUGGGAGAGGUGGGUGGGUGA